AUGCUGUGGUACGUUUUGCUCCUUGGGGGCUACCUGUCAGCAUCACAGUGUUCUGGGGACCCUGAGGCCAUCCUUAGAAUGGACAUUGGAACCAUCAGCCGUGCGGUCUCCACCGUGCUGAAUGAGAGUGAUGUUCUCCAGAAGCUGGUAGAGGGAGCGACAGAAAAAAAGGCAACCACGAAACCCAUCAAAGGCAUCUUCGUGCUGAAGGUGAUGGAGCUCUGUGCCAUGGAGGUAGCGCUGUGGCUCUCACCUGGUGUGGGGGUCUCUAUGGCUGUGCCGGUCCGGAUGACCCUCACGGGGAAAAGCUUUAUAGGAGGAAAAAUGGAGAUCCCGAUGGCUGCCAACCUGAGCACCAGCAGUCGGAUGGUGCAGGACAUGCAGGGCUGCCCCCAGCUCAGCACCAGGCGCUGCCACGUGGCACUGAUCCACAGCUGGGCCAACCUGCCCCACCGCAUGCUGCCCUUGAUCAUGAGCAAGUUCCUGGAUAGCACCCUCCAGAAAGUGCUGCAUGGCCUGCUGUGUCCAGCCAUGGCCAUGGUGCUCGACCUGGUGAAUGCAAAGUUUGCCAACAUGAUGCAUGCAAUCCCUCUUGGGAAUGCUGGGAUGCUCCAAUAUGCCCUGCUGAACCCCCCCGUGGUGAGAGAAGCUUUCAUCCAGCUGGAGCUGAAGGCCACUCUCCACAGCAAGGAGGGAGAGGAGGUUGCCCUGCGCUCAGAGCUGCCACCUCUCACUUCCCUCCCACCGAAGAGGGAAGCAGCCUCUCAGCUCAUCCUGGCUGCGAGCUUCCUGAGUGCCGAGCUCUCCAUCAUGCAGGCAUUCUUUGGCCUGAACAUUACCAAUGGCAUGGUUCUGGGGCUUGUCCCGCUGGUGACCACGAUGCUGGGAGCCCUCAUUCCUGAGAUCUCCAGCACGCUGCCUCCAUCACGGCCAGUGGUGAUUGAAAUGCAAGAGACACAACCACCGCUGGUGACAAUAACCCCAGAGAAAAGCACCGUGCACCUCUUCAGCACUGCCAAGUUCUGGGCUUCCAGUCCUGGCUCUGCUCCUGGAUCCCUCUUUAUCCUGGAUGUGCACUCUGAGCUGGGUGUGCGGUUUGCUGUCACAGAAGAGAGGCUGCAGUUCUCCCUGACGCUGCAUAGCCUGUCCCACGUGGCUGUGGUGAACUCCUCCAUCGGUGCGUUCAAUGUGCUGCCGCUGAGAGGAGUCCUGGCAGACAUUAUUCAUGUGGCUUAUGUGCCAUCCAUCAACAGAGCACUGCGAGGAGGGGUCCCACUACCCCCACUGCUGGGCACCCCGUACCGGCGUGUGGAGCUCAGGAGGGUGCAGGAUGGGCUGGUGCUGGACGUGCCUGUGGUGGAGUCCUGA